AGCCGCCAUGUCGCUGGGUAGCCGGCUCCGGCUAUAAACAGAACGGGAAGGCAAUGGGUGAAGUAGAAGUGAUUGGGAGGGCGAAUACGUAGUUUGCUCCUUAGGAGGUUCCGCAGCCUUUGGUUAGAGUUAGUUGUAUGGGAGAGCAGCCUCUUGUUGACAGGGUUUGCAGUCAGGAUGAGCAGGGCCUGCUGAGAGGGAAGGAAUCACCCAGGCGGUGCUUGGGGCGGGGGGCAGGGACCGGGUUUCUCCCAGUCAGGCGCUGGACAGGACAGGGACUUGCUGAAUCUCGGGAAUUUUAUUUCAGGUUAAGCUACAUUCCAUAACCACUGCAAGCGCUUUUGUAGGAAACGAAACACGGCCGAUUAAGAUCUGGUGUUGGCUGUGUUUCCAACGUCAGUGCAGAACACCUGCUCAUAAGCCUGCCUUCAGUGUGAGCGUCUGCCGUCAGAGCCUUCCAGACUGCUGAGUCGGUUCCUUUAUUCAAAACCAAGGGCCUUUGCAGAUCGAAUUCGGGUCCGAGACUUGUCUCCCAUCCUUCCCUCCACACCCCCACCCGGUCUCUAACGUCGCAGUCAACCCCCUCCUUGGCCUUCGUCUCCAAUCUAUAUUGGUUGCAGCAUUUUUGUUUAAAAACAUCUCCUGCACGAUGUCAUCUGCACCCAUCGAUAAGGUAAACCUGCGCCUUAUUUUAGUUAGUGGGAAGACGCAAGAGUUUGUGUUUUCACCAAAUGAUUCUGCUUCAGAUAUUGCCAAACAUGUCUAUGAAAACUGGCCUGUGGGUUGGGAUGAUGAACGGGUCAGUAGCCCCAAUAUUCUUCGGCUUAUUUACCAAGGAAGAUUUUUACAUGGAAAUGUCACACUUGGGGCCCUUAAGCUUCCUCCUGGAAGGAUGACAGUGAUGCAUUUAGUUGCCAGAGAAACGUUGCCAGAACCUAAUUCCCAAGGUCAAAGAAAUCGGGAGAAAACUGGAGAGAGUAAUUGCUGUAUGAUCUUAUGAAAACAACUUGCCUUGUACUGUGCAAAGGCUAGUCAAAGAAUAGUUUUUAAAGGAACUUUUAAGAAUUUUCCCCAGAGUCUUUACAUCCAAGUGAUUGGCCUUCACUUGAUUGACACUUCCUAACUUGAGUAUUCCUCAUCAAUCCACAGAAUAUUAAGGAUUCAUCCUAUUGAAGAUGAACUUGCUGCAGAAGAACUUUCAAUAUCAACAUCUGUGCGAAAGAGAAAUGUUCCUGCUUUGGAGAAGCAGCAAUAACUUUGGAGCCAAAUCUCUCCAUAUUUACUUUUUCCUAAUUAUCUUAAACUGUAAUUUUUCAAUUUUCUUCCCUUCCAUUUUGGAAGCAUUGAUUUAUUGGAUGCAACCCCUCCUUGUAUCUUAUCCAGGUGACUUCAUUGUGUCCAGGUCUAGGCAUUGAAUUUUAACAGGCGAUUUGAUCACCAUGGAAACAUAGCUCCGCUUGAUGCUAUUGUCACCCAAUGUCCAAUUUAUAAAUCAUGCAGCAAAAUCACUAGAUAAUGAUCAGGAGCGGGAACCCUGCUGCUAAUUCUUCCCCUAUUCAGGAUGGCGAGGCCAAUUGUAGAACUUGCUAUUCGGUCGGAUGAAGUGUUCAUGGUUGCUCGGAUUUGGAUUGCUCAGAUUGAGGUGUUCCAACUGCUAUUUUGAGUAGGAGCUUUUUAAAUUUAACUUUCUCUAACAGUCACCUCAGAUGGAGAACUUGGGAUACUUUUCCUGUUCAGUACAGUUGUGGUAAAAGUACGCUUCGGCAAACAUUGCAGCUAUUUCAGCAUGUUGUUGAUGAAUACUUUGAACAGAAAAUACUAAAGUGGUUGUGUAUUGUUUAAAAAAAUGCCAGGAAGAUGCUUGAUGGUAGAGAAAUGCUGCAUUUUGAAAUCUGUUUAUCAUGUGCUGAUGCUUUGGAAUGUUCAGUUUAGAGUUUUGUCAGAGUCGAGUAAUUUUUUUUGUUUAUGGCUUGCAUGCCUGAAGGUUUUCCAAAGAGAAAUUAUUGUUAAUUCUUAUAGAAUGAGAUUACUACCGUACUAAAUCUCAAAGAUUUGCCCCACCCUUUCCCUUCAAUCAAAUAGUUUGGAGUAGAAACUUGAAUGGUUUUGAUUCUGCAUCACUGCAUUCCAGCUGAACUGCAUGAAUAUCUCACUAUAGGCUCCUGGAUUACUUAAAAUAAGAAAAGAAUUGUGUAGCUUGUAUUUCAAAGUAGUGUAGUACUUCUAAUAUUGGCUAGGACUAAUCCACGCUGCAGGGUGACAAACACCCAAACUUGUAUAGGCUGAACUGUAUAAAGAAGUAAGCAGUUCAUGACCCAUUAGGUUGUUUCAUCAUUCAAUUUGAUUGUGGCUGAUUUGGACUUCCAACUUCAUUUACAUAUCUUAGUUACCUUUUAUCCUUGGCAAAGAUCUAUUAGUCUCAGUUUUAAACUUUCAGCUGACCUAACAAUGACAGCCAAACUGAUUCUAUCACUCUGUUUUUUCAUUCUUAAAUGGCCUGCCUCUCGUUAUUUAACAUUGAUUCUAGAUUGCCCUGAAGGAUAAAGCGGGUCUAAACCUACAUUGUCAGAUCUAAUAUUUUAAACACAUCAGAUAAAUCGCCAUUGAUCUUUCUAAAAGCACUGAAUAGAAACCAGAUCUGUGGAACCCAUGCUCAUAAUUUAAUCCUUUAAAACCUAGUAUCAUUGUAAUGAAUCUUCACAGUGCCACUUCCAAAAACAGUAUCUUGAUUGAGGUCUGAUCAAGACAGUGAUUGGAGAUAACAUCUGCUUUCAAAUUCCAGUCUCCCAGUGGAAAAAGGACAACUUUCCAUUAGCCACCUUGCAUCUGUGCAAUGGCCUUUGUGCUUAUGAGGACAAGGAUCUUGCUCAAUUAGUCUUCCUGUCCAGAAUCUAUGCCCUUGGUCUUCCCACACCCAUAUUUGCUUGAAACAGGAUGUGGUAGGCCUAAUUUGCUGGCCUAAAGCAUCAUGCACUCGAGCAGUGUGGUCUUAUUGGCAACAGAGCCUCCAGUGCAUUGAAGAAGACUUGGCUUCAAAAUACUUCUAAGGAUUGCUAGCUAUCAAAAUUUAAGACAAUUUAAUACUCAAUUAUUACUGAUUUCUCAAGAAAAAUGAGAGAAGCACUUGCAAGUUCUGCUCCAAGUUGCACAAUGUCCUGACUUGGAAAUGCAUUACUUUUUUUUAUUGUUGGUGGAUUUAACUCCUGUAACUCUGCCCCAACAGCAUUGUGGGAGUACCCUCAGAAGGAUGUCAGCAGUUCAAGGAAGUGGCUCACCAUCACCACCUUGAGAGCAGUUGGAGUUGGGCAAUAAAUGCUGGUCUGUCAGUGAUGCCAGUGUAAAAUAAAAACUAUUGAGCUAUUACAUUUUAAAUUAAACAUUUAUAAUUAUUUUGCUUUAUUUAUUUGCCUUCUGCUUUUGCCUCCUAAUUGAAAUAGUGUGAUCUUGGAUCCUGUGCCUGGUCUAAUUGGUGCAAAAUCUGAGAUGGUUUUUCCUCCUAACUUCCAUCACAAAGAGGUUGGCAUUUGAUAGUGAGGUUCUUCUGCCUCUGAAGCCUUAGUGUUUAUACUGAAAUUCUACAGAGAAAAAUAGUUUCACUUGUUUUGGUGCAAAUGAGCCUUAAAUCAAAAGGCAGAGCCUGCUUGACAAUAAAUGAUUCCAAUCCUAACUAAGAUUUAUAAACCAUCCGUAUCAUUGGUAGGAAGCAAAAGAUCACUUGAACCAAUACCAAAUUUGUAGCAAAAUUACUGGUCAGUGAUCCUCUUAAUGGCUGAAUUAAAGUUUUCAACAUUGACCCAUGGUAUUCAGUUUUGUAUCUGGUCUGUGAGUCUGCAGCAUGGACAUAUUUGGAUCAUGGUAGAGAUGCUACAGUUGGUCUCGCUUGCUUUUUUAAAUUACAAAAGGGAACUUCACUGGCUUCUCACACCUGAUCUUUUUGCAGCACAAGGACAGCCUUUAUGUCCACUUCAAAUAGGCCCAUUGGUCAAAUUUUGAGAUUGUUUUGUAUAUUUACAAUAAAAAAAUACUUUAAUAGCAAGUGUGAAAGCUUCAUCAGAAACCAUGGGAGAUAAAAAGACCAAUUGCUUUUGUUUUUACUCUUAAUGCAUCUGCAUUUAAUUGAUCUAUGCAUUUUCAUUACGUCCAUUUUUAGGAUUUUGUUCACAUUUUUCUCUGAUUCCCCACUUGAUAUCUGCCCUACAGGUGGCCCUUUAAUGAAACUCCUCCUGCAUAAUGAACAAAUGGAAAAUAGCUUAUAAAGAGAUUGCUAGCUGGAAUUCAGAACAAGUUUUUCACAUGAAAUAAGCUCUCAAAAUCCUGAAGGAAUUGAACUCUUGAAGUGUUUCCAUUUUUCUGUAGUUCAAAAUUCCUGAUGUAGAAGAAUUAUUUAACUAAGGAGAGAACUACUCUUUAAUUAAAUCAUGAAUAAUGUAUGACAUUUUAGUAAUUCAAUUUAACACGGGUAUGUGUUGGUACAACACUUAUUUCUGUAGAUGAGUUGGAUAUGCCUGCUUUUAAAAUCUUGUUUAAAGAAUUUUUGGAGUUGCUUAAAUGUAUAAAAGCUUAAAAAUAUAACCCAUGUAAAACUUGGACCUAAGACUCAUUGUCUGUACUAUAGUGUAUCCUGAAGGUUCAGGCAUGCUUACUGUGAUAAACAUUUGGAUUUUUCCUCUUGA